AUGAGGAUAGAGACGUCGAGCGAAGGUCUAGAUCUCGGUAAUUGGCUCAACUCCCUGGAUGAGAACCCACCUGAUGUGUGGAAUAGGUCUGUCAAUUCAGAAGAACGCAAGGCCGAAGAGCGACGAAAGCCCAAUUAUGGAAACUCUGGCCUACUCGCAGCGGCGACGAAUACUGUUCAACGAGCAGACGGCUCUGCCACUGUUCUCAAGUAUAAUGAACCGCCAGAAGCGCGAAAGCCAUUGGAACAUUGGAGGCUGUACGAGUUUAAGGACGAUGAGAAUACUUCUAUGUUGGCCAUCUAUCGGCAAAGCGCUUAUACAUUCGGACGUGAUGCUGCGGUUGUCGAUAUCCCACUUGAUCAUCCAUCGUGUUCAAAGCAGCACGCAGCACUGCAGUAUCGACACGUCGUAGAGAAGAACGAAUUUGGAGAGAAAAAGGGUGUCAUCAAGCCGUUUAUCAUUGACCUCGAGUCGACCAAUGGCACACAUGUCAACGGAGAACAGAUCCCUCCAGCGCGGUACUAUGAGCUCAAGUUGAAUGAUGUUAUUACGUUUGGAACAUCUACGAGGGAGUUUGUACUGUUGCACGAGGGGGCCGCAUAG